ACAGCUGUUUAAACUCUAAUAUUAACUUUAAAAUACAAUAUUAACUAUUUAUUACUGUUACAUUCCAACAUUAUUAUUAAAAUGUCUGCGUCUGCUAAAGCGAAAGAGAAGGAGCCGGUGGACAUCGUUCACCAAAACGCCAUUCAUGUGGAGACGAUUCAUAAAGAACAGCGCUGUCAGAAACUCUACACACAGUUUAACAUCAAUCCCUUCAAAAAGCUGCACAUUUUGCCUGAUAAACCCAUGUCGAAGAAAAUGCAUGAGCAGAUCGAAGAGGACCCCGCAUUUCUUAAGGCCAUUCAUGAAGCACAUUUAGAACCAACGAAGAAGUACGCUCAUCCCAUGACUGAGGCUCAAGAAAUCGGAUGGAUCUCGUCUCCUCUGAUUGUUUCAGAUCGCACAGACAGAAGACUGAACUUUCCCCGACAGAAUUCUGAAAUCACCAAGUACAUGGAUGCUGCCUGGCGGGUAAAGGAACAGACCCAGAUGAACAAAUGAAAGAAAAGACGUUCUCCGUCACUGCCUCAGUACAUGCUUCAGUGUGCCUGUUUCUGUCUAGUCAUCAAAUUGUCUCAGAUGCUUUAAUAAACUUGUGUGCCAUCUAAUAA